AUGCUGUUUUCAACGCUUUCUCUACAAGCCCUCGCGCUUUUCGCGACCUCGGUUAUCGCUGAUGCGACCAUCGACGAUGACACACCAGUGAACAUCACCAAAACUGUUCAAGAUUCUCCCAAUAUUAUUUCCUAUGCCGGAAAACCAGAGUACCAUGAUGGGCGAAUAGAGAGCAGAUCCAUAGUAUCAGAAGCUGAAUAUGUCGAACUUCUCAACAUGCCUCCCCCCAGCGUCUCAGCAGACCAGCUCGAGAGCUUGCGUCUCCACAAUGCUGCCCGUGCAGGGAGAAGGCUGAGGGCAGUCGUCUGGGACCCUUCGCUUGAGAGUGCCGCGAGGGAUUGGGCAAACUACAUCGCUUCAAUCAACUCCCUGGAACAUUCUAGUUCCGCUCAGAGGCCAAACCAAGGCGAGAACCUUGCGUACUCUAAGCUUGACGAGGUCUCGAAUUACAACGGUGAAGCUAUUCCAAGAGGAAACUUUCAAGCAUACGGCCACUAUACCCAAUGCAUGUGGAGCACUACCUACAAGAUUGGCGUGGCAACUGCGCAGGCUGCGGAUGGUUCAUACUAUACAGUCGCUCGGUACUCGCCUCCGGGAAACAUUGUUGGCAAGGUGCCCUACGGUACUCCUCCUUCUGCUGCCACUGGUUAA